UUUCCCUCUGAAUGUCACAGUGCAAACACGGAACACCGUCUAAUCUACUUUCAAGAUCGUAUUAACUUGCCGAAAACGAAGGAAUAUCUUCGUCUUCGAGGAGAAUGCAAUUGCCGGCGUAAUUCGUAAGUACGCAAACCUAAUGAAAAUCGAGAAACAGCCUCGUCCCGGAUAUUAAUAACAAGCCAGUUGGCGGGGACACGGCUGAGAAUUCAGGGAAAUUCGGAUGGAUGCGCGGAACUACGAUUACCCGUGUACAGGAGAAACGAGGCUGCAGCCGAAGCAGGACGUGUUCGCGGGAGAUUGCAUAAGUGUGGCAUUAAUUAUUUCUGUAGUGGCGGGAACGUGGUGUUUGCGAUCUACUCGACUUUUUGCUGCUUCCGCGCCCAGCCCUGCACUUACGAGGGUAGAAAAGGGCGGAAAUGCCGGCAAUUUCCUACUCACGGACGGGAUCUCCGGGAAUUACACCGCUUUUUAACGCUUUAAUCGUCCAACGUCUUGCCUUGCUUCUUAUUUUCCUCUCGGAAAAACAAUUACGAGGUACGGGUUUGUACAGCGUCUUCAGGCGCAACGUGUACUCUACUGCUGAUUCUAAAAUGGAAUAUAAACUGCGGACGAAGAGGAAAUUUGUACAGUAGAACCUCGAUUAUCCGAAUCUCCGUUAUCCGAAUUCUCUAUUAUCCGAAUCCUCUGUAAUCCGUAGGUUUCAUUAUCCGAGCACGUUUCGCAUGUAGAAAGUUCAAUCCUCUAGAAGAAUUUUUGCUAACUGCCAGGGAAAGAGAGAUACAAUUUCACAAGCAAUUAAAAGUAUCGCUGUUAUAUAGUGGCAUCUGCUUGGGUGGCCGUUAAAAAGAGUAUGGAAAAAACCAGCGAACUACAUCGAAGAGACACCACGCAGGAGGAAAUUAAAAGUAUUAUUACAAGUGUAGGAGAAACUCUUUCUGGAUUGUUACAGAAACGCUCUUUCUACGAUAUCAGAAUUCGCGAUAACGCCGAUAUGAUUGAAUGACUUCAAGGUGCUGUAUUGUUCUUCAAUUGAUCGUGACGUUGACUAAUGUUAUGUGUGCUUCGAAUAACGGAUUGGUACAUGAAUAUAAUGCGGUAAUGAUGACAUCCUUCAACAUUUCGAAGUAUUUCGAGACUUUGGAAAUAGGGUCAAGAUGGGAGGAAGUCUCCGAGGACUUAGAAAAGGAGCUGAACCUGAACACUGAACACAUAGACCGCACGACGCGAAAGUUUCUGUUUCGCCAUACACAAACAGAAAGAUGGGCAGAAGUAACUACAUUACGGGCAUUUUGUAAUACAGUAUCUGUUGUUACGUGUAUUUGAACAGAGACGAAUACAAGAAAUUUCGAGAAACAGAUUAAUAAAAAUGACAUGGAAUUAGGAACGUUCUCGUGUCUAUCCUGAAACACAAAGAAAUUUUCAUUGCGUGUAUUCUCAUAAGGCAAAUGAAUCGAGAACAAUCUUUCAGAAAUAAUUAAAAUCGAAAGAAAUAUCAAUUGAAAUUCAGUUUUCACAUAUUCUACGCUUAUGUACGUACGUAUGUAGAUCUUCUCGAAAGGUUAUAUAUAAUGCUCAUUUUUUAAAUAUUUCAAUUAUGUUACUGAUAAAAAUUAAAUGGCGAUAAAUGGCACGUUGAUGAUGAGAUAGAUUGCAAAGGAUUUUUGCAAAGAAAACGAUAGCAGUUGGAGAAAAGAAGGACAAAAAGGAAAGAAAAAGAAUGUCUACUUUUAGAGAUUUUUCGAUAUAUAAAUUUUUU